GUCUCUCCUUAUUGCAUUUUAUGUCCGCAUACUCUAACUUACAUCUCGUGCUGUGCUGUUACACAUUUUUAAACCACUCUAGUUCAAGGUUUUGCAACGCGUUCCUUGUGAACGCACCCCCAGCGGUUCAUUUGAUUAGCUGUACUGUAAACAACGUGGUGCAGCAAAAUGGGAGACGACUUGGGUGAGGAGUGGUGGAAGCAUGACUCUAAAUCAGGUUGUUCUGAGGAGGCGGCAGAAGAAGAGGACCGCAAGACGAAACCGACAGAAGAAGUAAACGUACAAAAGAAAUCAAUGAAGAGAAAGAAGGCAACAGAAAAAUCUGCGAUGCCAAAGAAGAUUUUGAAGACAAAUGACCAACAGGCGUCAAUCAUUCAGCCGGAGGAGCCUGGGAAGUCGAGUACAUCCUCCAAAAAGAGAAAGAGGAAGAAGAAGAAGACAAUUACUGAUGUCUUAGCCUCCGCUGAGCCCGAACCAGGCUGUCCUGCAGACCUGCAGAACCUGCUCACACACUACUUCGCAGACAAGCGCUCCUUGAUCGAGCUGGAGGAGCUCAAACUGCACGAUUCUUUUUUCCUGUCCUGCAAUGACCUGACACACAGCCUCUCCUCAUAUCUAAAGCAGAUUUGUCCCAAGUGGGCCAAAGUGCAGAAACAGCACACACAGAAAAGUUCUGUGGUGUUGCUCAUUGUCUGCAGCUCCGCCCUCCGAGCCAUCGAACUCAUCAAGCAGCUGACGACCUUCAAGGGAGAAGCCAAGGCCGUGAAGCUGUUUGCCAAACACAUCAAGAUAGAGGAGCAGGUGAAGCUCCUGCAGAAGGGGGUCACUCACAUCGGAGUGGGGACGCCCGCUCGGAUCAGUGCGCUUAUUGAGAAAGAUGGGUUGAACUUGCAGGCCUUACGCUUUGUGGUUCUGGACUGGAACUGGAGAGACCAGAAGCUCAGGAAGAUGAUGGACAUUCCGGAGAUCAAAGUGGAUUUAAUUAAGCUGCUGGAGAGCGGGGUUCUCGAGCAAUGCAAAGCAAAUAAAGUCAAAAUUGGACUAUUUUAAUGGCAAAUUGUCAACUUGCAACGUGCUCGGUGGACCCUUCCUGUUUGCUUUUUUGUAUGGUGCUG